GGGUUCUGGGUUGCGUUUCCAGUACCAGUGGUUUGAACACGUUCAUCUGAUAAAAAACUCCAGUCCAUUCAUGGUAAGAACCUGCUCCUCAGGUUCUGUUUCUAGCUGGAGCCCCGCCCACUCCAGCCCAGGGGAGGAGUCCUGAACAGUCGGAGCAGCUGGAUCCCUGUGAACCCGCCAGACAGAGGGUCCUGCCGUCCACCCGGGUCUGGAUCAUGUCGUCCCUGCAGUACUUGGAGUACCGGGGGCUCCUCCUGCCCCCCCUCGCCCACUCUGCUGAGAGCCUGGAUUUCGCCCAGAACUUCUGUGUGGACGACACCGAUGUGUUUGCCGUCACUUACCCCAAGUCAGGUACCAUCUGGAUGCAGGAGAUCCUCCCGCUGGUUCUGAAUGGGGGGGAUCUGACCCCGGUCCAGACCAUCCCCAACUGGGACCGGGUUCCGUGGCUGGAGGAGAAGCGUUUGGCGCUGGUGCUGGAUCAGCUGACGUCUCCUCGGGCGCUGGUCACUCAUUUCCCCUUCGACCUGAUGCCCCCAUCCUUCCACACGUCCAAAGCCAAGGUCAUCUACGUGAUGAGAAACCCCAAGGACGUCCUGGUGUCUUCCUACUUUUUCCACCAGAUGGCAACGUUCCUCGAUGACCCCGGCACCUUUGAUGAGUUCAUGGACAAGUUUCUAGAGGGCAGAGUUCUGUUUGGAAAAUGGACGGAUCAUGUGAAGAGUUGGAUGAAGGCGGAGCUCGGAGACAGGAUCUUAUACAUGACAUAUGAGGACAUGGUGGAGGACCUGCCGGGGUCUCUGAGGACCAUCUCCCAUUUCCUGGGGAAGAAUCUGAGUGACCAAGUAAUCGACAAGAUCGCAGAGACCUGCUCCUUCAAGACCAUGAAGGACAACAAGAUGUCCAACUUCAGCCUGGUCCCCAAGAUGUACAUGGACUCAGACAAGUCCCCAUUCCUCAGGAAAGGGAUCGUUGGAGACUGGAAAAACCACUUGAACCCAGAUCAGCUGGCUCGGUUCUGUUCAGUCAUCAGGAAAGAGCUGGAGGGACAGAGCAUGUCUCUGCCCUGGAGUCUGGACUGAGGACAGGUCCAGGAGACGCCCACACGCCCACCUGGACGGAUGGACAGUUGGGCAGACAGCUGUGGUGUCUGUCCUUUAUCUUGUUUCAGAUCAAAAUAAUGUUCCUGUUGAUUUUCACAGGUUCAACUCAUUAAAGCUCAGACGCUGUUGGACAAUCA